UCUCUCUCUGUCGCACUCUUGAAAGAGAGGCGUGAGAGACUCCCGGGUUGGGAGAGCGUGUUGGGAGACCCAGAGAGGUAGGAGAGUCCCGAGUUACUGUGGUGGGGAUAAUUAAACUACCACAAGCGCAAAAGGGAAGUCAGGGGAAGGUCAGAGAAAGGUUGCCAUGACGACGAGGAUAGGAUCCGGCCAAUCGUGGGGUGGCAGGGAGGCGUGGUUUGUCAUUGGCCGAGGUUCCCGAAGAGGUAGGUAGUAGCGACUCCCGGUGCAACGCGGACAAACGUAUCAUGCAGGGAAGGGCUGGGGCCGAGAUGCCGGGUUGUAAGCGAAACCAGUUUGCUAUCCGAUACGAUCGAGGCAACAGCCCUGCUUUCUGCCGUGUGAUCCCCCAAACAACUCCAAAGUGUUAGUAUUAUCGGUAGUGGUUCUUCUUGCCUUGUCUCUGCAGGAGCGUCGUUGAGCAAGGAGUUUUGACAGUCUGCCAAAAAGCUACUCCAGACCUGGACGUUCGCGGCUCGGUGCGACAAUUUGUAUUAUGAGCUGAAUAUAAUUGACCGGUUUGCUUAUCUCGAAGGCCUUUUUACAAAGGUCAAUUCAUGCUGGGAGAAUGUGUCAUGUGUGUUUUGGACGGGUUGCCAUCCUAGUAGAGAAUUUCGUGAGUCCUUACGUUACUGGGGGAUACUCGUGUUGACAGUGUGUCAGUCUGGAUUUGAAAUUGUCAGGAAGCCGAAAAACAAUGCUGAAUGAAGCAGCCAACAACUAGUCCCGCAGUGUUUAUUUAAAUGUCCAGAGUCGCCGGUACUUGGGAUUUAAUCUGUACAGGUGAUAAUAUUUGAGCUCCUAUCGAAAGUACCCCGAAUGACGAAGGCACUGACAGCAGCGAAUGUCAAUAUCUCAAGUAAUCGACGGAGUGUGACAGUCCGUGACUUCUAUUCACCUUUAGUGGGCAUUUCCCCUGAGACCUAUUGAUUAUACCUGUUACGGAUGAAUUUAAGAUUUACUAGAGACAAGUCAUAAGCACUGCGACCAAAUGAGAAGCGCAAGAGCGAAAUACAAAGGGAUGCUCAAGUGCCCUAGAGCAGUACUCAAAAAAUGACUCAGCACGGGUGAGUUCGAUGCCGACAGACGUCUGAAGCCAGGACUGCCAAACCAGGAAGGUACCACGAGAUUAGGAUUUGGAACGUGAUCGAAGGAAAGUCGCUGCGAGAUGUCGGCCGUUGCACCAGCCGGUACGGGCACCACGACAACCAGUGCCAAUGGCCCUAUAGUCCCGGCGCCGGUUUUCGCACUGCCGACGCUCUCGUUUACGGUCGGCCAGGUCGCCACGGUCUGCGAAACCCUGGAGGAGAGCGGCGACAUCGAGAGGCUGGCACGCUUCCUCUGGAGCCUGCCGGUCGCUCAUCCGAACAUCCAGGAACUUAACCAAAGCGAGGCCGUCCUGAGGGCCAGGGCCAUCGUGGCCUUUCAUUCGGGCCAUUACAGGGAACUUUAUGCCAUACUUGAGAGGCACAAAUUCACCAAGGACUCGCACGGCAAGCUGCAAGCUAUGUGGCUCGAGGCCCAUUAUCAGGAGGCUGAGAAACUACGUGGCAGACCUUUGGGACCCGUGGACAAGUAUCGUGUUCGAAAGAAAUUUCCACUUCCGCGCACAAUCUGGGAUGGAGAACAGAAGACUCACUGCUUCAAGGAGAGGACGAGGUCCUUGCUAAGAGAAUGGUACCUACAGGAUCCCUAUCCCAAUCCUGGAAAGAAACGGGAACUGGCUGCCGCUACGGGACUCACCCCGACGCAAGUUGGAAACUGGUUUAAGAAUAGGAGACAGAGGGACAGGGCUGCUGCUGCCAAAAAUAGAAUGCAACAGCAAUCUGGACCUGGCAAUGGCAGUGGCAGAAGAGCUCUGAGUCCUGGACCCGGUGGUAGUGAUUCUGAAGAUUCUGAUAUAUCACUUGGCGGUACGUCACCACCAUCACCGAGCUCCUCACCACCGCCGACCCAUCAACCCUCACCAGUUCCCUUAGGAUCACUUGGGUCGUUACCACCACCCUCGCUGAACUUCCGGUUCGAUCCAACGCAAUCGCAGUUCCGGUUUGGACACGCUACCGCCUUCAAGUUCCCACCUGCGGGAUUUCGAUUUGGUCCACACAGUCCUCAGCAUAAUCAUCCGAACAUUGCCAGUGGUGGAAUCUUCAGACUUACCGAGACCAGUCCUUUCCAGGCUGUGGGACCCAGGGGUGAUCUUGGUUCGAGAUUACCAGAUCCUCUAGGAUUACCACCACCCAGGCUUCAUCCCCACGAGGGUCUUCUGCAUCAUCCCCAUCCGCAGCAUCAGCUACCAGAAGGAAUGUCCAGGUUGUCGGAAGGCUCUCGACUUUCUGACGGCGGGAUAUCACGUCUGUCCGACAGUCUGUCGGAAGCCCACAGUCCGCCCUUGGUGGCGACCAAUCUGUCGGUGACGGGUCCGCUAAGGGUUGCCGUCCCGAGUCCACACACGCCCUCCUCUAGGGGUAGUCCACCCUCUACUCAGCAGACUCCUCAAGGCCAUUCUCAAGGCCAGGGGUUAAUACGAGUCGCGACGCCGCCGCCCAAUCCAAAACCACCUCAGAUCCACAGGCCGUUCUCGCCCGCGUGAUACAGAACCGAAUUCGACGAUUGCGACGAGAAGAGUGCUUCACUGAAGAGCGAAGAGCAACAGACUAUUCCUCUUUGUGGCACCGAAUGUUUUAAGGUGUUGUGAGCUCGCGCUUUUACAUUCAUUCCUCACGGGUUCUAGCGCAUAAUUGUACAUAAUACGUUUAAUGUAACAUUGCGAAAGCGCGAUUACAGCGGCUAUGUGACACGUCAAUCAUUGAAUUCUCAAAGAAUCGACCUUUUGUUUUUCGCUAUGUGAAACGUUGUUUUUUCUUCUUUUUUUUUCGAUCCGUUAUAAUUCCUCGAUUACGAGAGGACUCUCCUUCCAUCUCAGUAACACACGACGAGCAAUUACUCGCGGGAGCGUAAGGGAAAGUAUGAGAAUGAAAUUGAAUCGAAAAAUUAUUCCCUGAUCAAUUAUUCCCGGGGUUACGUGUACGAAGAGGGUACAAACUUGAUCUUAAUUUUAUUUCAAAGAAUCCGAUAGUCUAUACAGUCAAAAUAAUAUUGUGUAUAUCCUUAUUGAUUUCUGGAAAGCAACGAUGCAGAUCAAUUCUGAACUCCCCUCGUAUACAUUAUGUUAAACUAGUCUUCGUCACGUGGGACGUCAUUCGCACUUUUAUUAAUACUUUAAUGUUAAAUCGUUUGAGAACCUAUUUCCACGCGGAUUAGUCGUAUUGGUUACGGCCACUCUUGAGAGUCAAACGAUGGGAAUGAAAAAGAAAUAAAAUUAAAUAAACUUCGGCCGAGUUUACGUAAGCGAAUAUGCCCGACACAACGCAUCGAUCGAUCGAACGUUUUGCGUCGACGUAAGGGAGAUGAAAUACUGGGAUUGGAAGGAGAGAGAGAAAAGGGAGUACCUUAAUAGAGCACAUCGGAAAAACGCACACUGUAGAUAUUGAGCAGAGUUAUACUCGUACUCCGGCGUUCUUUGGCAAAAUAGCUGAAAUGGAAAAGAAUUGAAAGAAAAAAAAAGAAAUGAAGCAUAGGAACAAAUAGAUCUUUCUUUUAACAGUACCAUGGAUUCGCAAGAAUGUAUUUUACGCAAAUGCCUACGGCAAGACAGUAGGAGGCAGUGGAUGUUUUUUUCUGUAUUUUUUAAAUUUCCGAAUCCAUGUGCAAAAUUGUUAAUAUUCUUUGCUAGGCAACGUUAUCUCCAUCGAAGACUAUCAAAAGAGUUAACAAUUUUUGUUUUACAAGUUCAUGACUUCGCUCUCUUAAAUCGAAAGCGAUGAAUACUUGGAAAAUUAAAAAAAGUUUUUAUUAAGUCAUUCUGUGAUUCAUUCGAAAUUUUGGAUACAGCAUACACCUACACACAAACACGUACAUUCAAUAAUUGCGAUAUCGAGAUAAAUAAAUAGAGCGAAUACGAUGAUGGCGGAAGUGAAAAAAAAAGAUAUAUAAAAAAUGUAACUGGCCGGUGAAUCGAAUCGUCGCGCAGGGCCGAUCAUGUUAAUUACGCCCGUAAUCUAAGUAGAACUAGCGAUUUACAAAAGCAUUUUGAUUAUCGUCGGUUUCGAGAGUCUUACUCUGGGAGUAAAAGAGAAAAGAGGAUAAAAAGAGGAAUUAAUGAAACGAAGCGCGCCGGUUAUCAAAACCGCAACCAUAUACGAAUUACGAAAACACGCAAGAGAGAAAGUGUGAAGGAAAGGAGAGAAAGUGUGAUUCGACUCCCUUCAUUGUAGAUAGACAUAAUUAGUAAAAUUCUUGUAUAAUCAAUCCUAUACAUAUGAAUAUAUAUAAAUAUAUACAUAAAUGCUGUAAGACGUAUAGGUACAUCUGCGUAACGAUUAACUACAUGAAAUUAUAUAUAUAUAAACAUUAUUUGCGCCUGUAAAUACAUU